AUGACGACUCGAGACGGGUUCUUUCUCCAAAAUGAGAACGACUUACUCCAGCAGGGCUUGAGAUGUGCAGGAGCCAUUAACCCACUAACAAACGUUGGUGGCAAGAGAUCACGUGUCUACGAUGUCAUCGUCAUUGGUGCCGGAUACUCUGGAUUGACUGCCUGCCGAGACCUUUGCAUAGCUGGGUUCAACGUCCUACUGCUCGAGGCUCGUGAUAGGAUCGGUGGACGAACUUUCACGGCAGAAGUCGACGGUCACUUGUACGAGAUGGGUGGCACCUGGGUCCAUUGGAACCAGCCUCAUAUCUAUCGAGAAAUGUGCCGCUAUAGCCUGACUGAGCUGUUGCUCAGCCACGACAAAUCUGUUGGUGUCAAUUACUAUACAGCGUUCCUCAACGGCAACCGUCAGAUCAUUGACCAUGAGAAAGCGGUACUGGCACCCCUCUUUUGCAUGUCAUGA